GUCCCUCACCUCCUGAGUCUCCGUCCUCCCCUCUCCUGAGUCCUCUCUGCUGACACUAUGGGCUGCUGUGGUUGUGGUGGCUGCGGUGGUGGCUGCGGUGGUGGUGGCUGCGGUGGUGGCUGUGGCUGUGGUGGCUGCGGUGGUGGCUGUGGCGGCUGUGACAGCUGCACCUCGUACAGGUGCUACCGGGGCGGCUCCUGCUGUGGCUGCUGUGGGGGCUGCUGCGGGAGCUGCUGCAACACCCCCGUGGUCUGCUGCUACCGCCGCACGUGCCGCCGCCACUCGUGUGACUGCGGCUGCGGCUGUGGGAAGGGCUGCUGUCAGCAGAAGUGCUGCUGUCAGCAGAGGUGCUGCAAGAGGCAGUGCUGCCACUAGGGGGCGGCUCCCGCCUCUGUCCCUGGACCUUUCUCUACCUCGUUCACCUGCCCCACCUGACAUCAUCUGGUUUUCUGAGACGUAACCAUCUUGGGUUGUAACUUUGCUCCUGGAUUUGGGUUCCUGUAAUUUCUGCUUUGGGUAUUUUCAAUUUUCCUCUCUGUAUUUCCUUCCAGGCGAUUA